AUGCCGGCCUACAACUCCAUCUUCAACGCGGAUCCCAAUCCGCCGCGGCUGGUUGGCAACUUCCCAUUGCUGCCACUGCGCACCAAGACCCGUGGUCCCGCAUACACGCUGCCGAUUCCCUCCCCCCCUCUACCGGCCAACGAGUCCCCGGAUCCGGAUUCCGACAGCUACGACAUCCUGGACGAAGUGCUCGCCCUCUUCCGCGCCAACACAUUCUUCAGGAACUUUGAGAUCCAAGGCCCGGCAGACCGCCUGCUGGUCUACGGCAUCUGGUUUGUCAGUGACUGCCUCAGCAAGAUCAAGCCUCACCAGGGCGUGCGGGAUGCUACCAAGGAUGUGCUGAACCUGGCGCUUGACACAAACUUCGCCAUCCCAGGCGAUCCGGCAUGGCCUCUAAACCAGGUGCGUUACUAA